AAACAAAAAACAUUUAUAGUUUAUACUGUUUAUAGUUUAUACCUACCUACGAUUAGACUAUAACAUAUAAUUUCGUAAAAGUAACGACACUUAUGACACUAUAUCGAAUGUAUACAACACGUUUUAGGUAUAGGAAAUUCAAAAACCGUUAAGUGGCGUUUAGAGAUUCAGUCUUUUUUCCUAGUUACAAUAUUGUGUCGUGACCGAGUAUCAAGUUCACUAUUUUGUUUUAAUCUAGGCUCUAAGCCUACCUAUUUGAACAUUAUCAAAAUGUUGCCUUAGCAACAGUUAUUGAGUUAUGUCCUAUUUGCCUAAACAUUKAUCAAACUAUUUAUUUUUUCUUUACUUCUUUUCCGCAAGUGAUAAAAUCGUAUUUCGUGUAACUAAUAAAAUGUUCAAAAAUACAUUCCAAAGCGGAUUUUUGUCUAUACUCUACAGCAUUGGCAGCAAGCCUUUGCAGCUCUGGGAUAAAACUGUUAGAAAUGGACAUAUAAAACGCAUUACUGACAAUGAUAUCCAAUCAUUGGUAUUGGACAUUGUAGGCACAAAUAUCAGUACGACAUACAUUACAUGCCCUGCCGAAAAAACCAAAACUCUUGGUAUCAAAUUACCAUACUUGAUUAUGAUCGUCAAAAACAUGAAGAAAUAUUUCACUUUUGAAGUGCAGAUUCUUGACGAUAAGAACAUCAGACGCAGAUUUCGAGCCAGUAAUUAUCAAUCAACAACUAGAGUUAAACCAUUCAUUUGUACAAUGCCUAUGCGUCUGGACGAAGGUUGGAACCAGAUACAAUUUAAUCUAGCAGAUUUCACUAGACGAGCUUACGGAACUGGAUAUGUAGAAACAUUGAGAGUGCAGUUGCAUGCCAAUUGCAGAGUCAGAAGAGUUUAUUUUAGUGAUAGAUUAUAUUCUGAAGACGAAUUACCCGCUGAAUUUAAAUUAUUUUUACCUGUUCAAAGUAAAGUCGACCACAGACAGAGAGUAGAUUAAAUUUGCAGAAGCGACCAUAAUCUCUAACUACUGACAAACAGCAAACAGACUUAACCACCUCAA